UCUUCUCAACAGGGCAAGCGAAGUGAUUUCGCUUGUUUUCUUUUUUUGUAAGUUCGACCUGUUGGCUUAGGUUGUCCUUCGGUCCUGUCUGCAAAUCGGCAAAUUACUUGCAGGACCUCGGCCUUUGCCAACAGAUUGAACCACAAAGCUGAAAUUUUCAAAGCCUGAAGAGGAGAGUAAAACCAUCAACAACAACAAAAAAAAAAGGGUCGAAUCAAUGGCUGCGAGCAAUAGAAGUUUUGGGUUAUUUUUCUUUUCUUUGUUCUUCGUUGUCAUAAUCCCAACCCUGCAUGCUCACAUCGCUGAAUUUGAUGAUUACUGGAGGCAACUCGAAGCCGAAGCUAAAGAACAUUUUAACAAGGCAUAUAACCCCAAUCCUGAGGAAGUCACUCAGCAUUUCAAUCACCAUGUUGCCAGGACCUUGAUGGGGUUUAAUAGCACAAGAAGGAGCUUGAGGGGAAAGAGAAGAACCGGUCCCUGCCAGGCAACCAACCCCAUUGACCAAUGCUGGAGAUGUGAUCCUAACUGGUACAGAAACAGGAAGAGGCUCGCUGAUUGCGCCCUUGGCUUUGGCCGUGGUACUAUUGGUGGAAAGAACGGAAGAUACUACAUUGUGACAGAUCCUUCGGACAAUGAUAUGGUUAACCCUAAGCCCGGAACCCUACGUCAUGCUGUGAUCCAAAAGCGGCCUCUCUGGAUCAUCUUUGCACGAACCAUGAUCAUCAAGCUCAACCAGGAGCUCAUUAUGACUAGCGACAAAACCAUCGAUGCUAGGGGAGCCAACGUGCAUGUGGCUUAUGGGGCUGGCAUUACCAUCCAGUUUGCCAGAAACAUCAUUAUCCAUGGCCUCCACAUUCACGACAUCGUUCAGGGCAGUGGUGGCAUGAUCAGGGAUUCCGUAGACCACUACGGCUUCAGGACGAAGAGUGAUGGUGAUGGGGUUUCUCUUUUCGGAGCAACCAACGUUUGGCUUGACCAUCUUUCCAUGUAUAAUUGCUAUGAUGGUCUCAUUGAUGCCAUCCAGGGUUCAACUGCCAUUACCAUCUCCAACUGCCAUUUCACCAACCACAAUGAGGUGAUGUUGUUCGGGGCAAGUGACAGCUACUCCGAGGAUCAGAAGAUGCAGAUCACAGUUGCUUUCACCCACUUCGGUAAAGGAUUGGUACAAAGGAUGCCAAGGUGCCGAUGGGGGUUUAUCCAUGUGGUCAACAAUGACUACACCCACUGGCUCAUGUAUGCCAUUGGAGGUAGCAGCCGCCCUACCAUUAUCAGCCAGGGCAACCGAUUUGUUGCUCCACCAAACGCGGCAGCUAAGGAGGUGACCAAGAGGGACUAUGCACCACCAGAAGUAUGGAAGAAUUGGUCAUGGAGAUCAGAGGGUGACCUGAUGGUUAAUGGGGCCUUCUUCACUCAAUCCGGUAAUCCAAGAGCAAGCAGGAGAUUUGCAGGAAACUUCAUGAUGUCGGCUAAGCCUGGUCAAAUGGUGUCCCUUCUCACCAGAUAUUCUGGAUCUCUUGACUGCGUUCGUGGCCGGCCUUGCUAAAACUUUAUAUGUUUCCAUUACUAGAUGUGGACAUGAAUACUUAAAAAUGGCCUAGCUACUCUUAUUACUGCACUAGAGGAAAGCACAGGGAUGAAAGUGGUGAAUGGGAAUACACUUCUUUAUAUUCCAUUUUUCUUUCUUGUAUCCAGAUUGAAUGUUGGGGAAAUUAAGGCAAGGGUAAGGGAAAAUUUUGAAUGUGGGGAUUGUUGCAAGGACAAUGGAAGAAAAUUUGAAGAUCUUAAGUUUCUGUUGCUGAUGUAGGAAGCAGGAAACUAAUUUUGUUUGGUUUCUUUUGUUUUUUUGUUUUUCCCAUGAAGCAAUACAACUUGCUUUUUAUCUCAACAAAAAAGACUUUCUCGUA